AUUGAACUCGUUCUGUCGUUUAAUCCUUGAGAGCAAAGGAGGGGCGGCUUAUUACCUUCCAUAGACCAACGCCUUCUUUACCAUUCAGUCACCAUCUCAUCUGACUCUCUCUCUCUCUCUCUGCGCACAGCUACUGUGUGUUCUACGUGAGAGAGAAAGAGAAAAGCUAGAAAAUGGAAUUCUUGUCUUCUUGUUCCAGCAAUAGACAAGAGAGCUCUGAUUAAACAACCCAUCUGUCCUAACUUAGCUGUUUGUCUGCUCUUCACCAACUUCAAUCAGACGCCACACACACUCUCUCAUUCUUGAAAUUCAAAUUCAAGUUCCGGCAGGUUUGGAUCCAUUCUUUUCCGAUGUCUUCUGACCUGUUUGUGUUCGAGAAUUCUUUCUUCUCCGACCCAUUCUCCUCCUUCACCGAUCCUCAACCCAACCUCCCCUUCGAAAUCCUCGAAGAAAUUCAAGAAAACAGCGCCGUAUUCAGUCAGGAAAACAACAACAACAAAAACCCACUUGACGAAACCAGCUCUCUCGACCAAAUCGCGUCCGCUCUGCUCUCAUCUUCACCGCCCAGCGUUCAGCUCGAGAACCUGUCGCUCUCCCAGUUCGGACACACAGACUACGCUGUGAAAACAGAGGAAUGUCAGCUCAACUUCGAUAAUUUCUCCGUGUUUGGUAGUUCUUUCCUGCCCCAGAGCUACGAUGGGGCGCACGAAACUGCGGUGAAGUUCAUGCAGAGAAGCUACAGCAGCAAUUCUUUCGAAAACAAACAGGGAUUCUCGUUCCGGCCGCAGUUCGACUCUGUUUUCGAGUCCCAGAUGAGAAGGGUCUGCAGCACUGGAGAUUUACAAAAUGUGGAAACAAACAUGCAAGCAAGAAACGUGUUGUCUUCGAGCCCGCUGUCGACGGAGAAGUCGUUCAUGGAGGAAGCGAAUUUCAAGGUGGGGCGGUACAGCGCGGAGGAGAGGAAAGAGAGGAUCGACAGGUACAGAGCGAAGAGGACCCAGAGGAAUUUCAACAAGACAAUUAAGUACGCCUGCCGGAAGACGCUGGCCGACAAUCGCCCAAGGAUACGUGGCCGAUUUGCUCGCAAUGAUGAGGCUGGAGAGAUUCCUAAAGCAUCAAUGUUCCACAGAUAUGAAGAUGAAGAUGAUAUCUGGAUGGACGGGUUUCACGAAGAAGACGACGAUGGAGUCGCACGACAGGGAAUGUUCUUCAAUGGCUCCGCCUUGACUACUCAGUACCAUAACUAUAGCUAUUGAUGGCGAUCGCCAUGAAAUAUUUGAAGAUGAGAAUGGGGAAAGUCAGAAGGGGUUUUUCUUGUUUUUAAUAAGUUAGGUGUUGAGUUGAGGUUUCAUAUCUCUUUCAAUGUGAUAGUCGGCAGCAGUUGCUUUCUUCUUCUUAUUUUUUUUUCAUGUUAGUGAUUAAGACUAUGGUGCCAUGUGCAUCAUAAUGUCGUUAUCUUUCGACUUUUUUUCUCCUUCCAAAUCAUGUCGCAAUCUGUAUAUAUGAAAAUUCGCAGCUAAUAAAUCACAAAGUUUUCAAACGCA